GUUAGUCGACCGGUAGACGCCGUGCGAGUAACAUCGCACGACACCUCGCUCUCUCCAUUUAUUCUAAAAUUGCCACAAAAAAAGAAAUUGGUUCGCUGUGUGUUGAUACUUUAUCGUGGUGUUUUCACGUGCUGUGUGAUAAACGUGAUCAAGAAAUGGAUUGCAACUGGAUAAUUAGCAGCGAGAUCGUGUCGGACGUUCAUCGUCGACGUGAGCCAAAGAAGACGAGGAGCCGUCAGAUGGCGUGUUGAUGUGUGAAGCAUGUCGGCCGAUGGAUUGGCGGCCGUAGUGAGCGGUGUCGAUUUGGCCCUUGUCUCUUGGAUGGAUGGACCUGUAGUCGACUUGUCCAGUAUGAACGUGUCUACUGGCGGCCGGAAUAAAAACAAACACGAUCAGCAACGCGUUGGCCGCUGUUUGUGUUCGAAAGAAACGACGGCCGCCGUAGAGCCGACGCAGGAUGGAUCGACAUUAUUGAAACCGACUUUGAAAAAAGCCCAGCAGUACAGUGCAGCUGGAUCGGCCUCCAAAACUUUAUCCAUCGAUCGUCAUAUUGUUCCACAAGUAGUCGAAGUGGCCAGCCAUCGGACCAAACAAGGGCAAGUGUCUCGAACAAAUUCUUCGUCUGAAAUAGUCAGCCGGACUGGUGGCACUAAGUUGAAUCGAGUGGCAUCCAACAACACGACCAUCGCCAAUGUGUCGUCUACCAAGCCGAUCCUUUCGCGUAAAAACUGGAACAAUACAAUUGACGUUAGCGGAGUCGGCGCCGCCCGCCAACAACAACAUCAGCCGUCCUGUUUGCGACGUUAUGGCAGCCAGCAAAGUUGCAAAAGUGCGACGACAUUGCGAUCGUACGUUGCCAAUUCCAGCACCAGUCGAGCAGGAGGUGCCGCUAAGAAUCAUCAUUGCGGUCGGGCUGGAGGCGAUGCGAGCAAUACCAGCGGCCAUCACAACAAUUCCGAAGUGGGAGACGAUGGCCUCUCCGGCCUUGGUGGAUUGAACGACGACAAGAUCUCUGGUGGGCCAGGCCUCAACGAACGCGAACUUUGGAGCUUACAUCGAGCCGUUCCAGGGCUCCGGCGUCACGAUCCGCGCACGUCAACCAUACGACAACAUUACUAUCCAGAGGGCGGAUGGGGAUGGUUAGUGGUCGGCGCUGCUUUUCUGGUCCAGGUGCUGACGACCGGCUUGCAACUGGCCUUCGGAGUGAUGGCCGCCCAGAUCGCCCGCCAUUUUCCUCGUCAGGAGAAUUCCGCUGCUGCUCUUCACAUGGACGCAGUAUGGAUCGGCGUCAUCCAGUUGAGUGGAAGCUGGUUGUGGACACCUCUGGUAGUGGCUCUGUGUCGACGCAAGUCGACGCGACUGACGGCCGUCCUGGGAGGCCUCGUCUUAGCGCUGGCCGCACUCUUCGCCUCCUUCGCCCAGCAACUUCACCAAGUCUUCCUCAGUUACGGAGCCUUAAUGAGCAUCGCCAUAGCCUUGGUGAGGGAAUCUUCUGCCCUGAUGGUGGGUCAAUAUUUCAAACGACGGCGCGAUUUUGUCGAAAUCGUCGUCCAAAUAGGAGCCGGCAUUGGAGUCAUCCUCUUCUCCGUUUUCUUCAAGGAAGCGCUCGGUCAGAUGGGCUGGCGUCUGGGUCUACAAGCGGCGACCGGUCUGCUGCUGUCGGCCUUCUUUCUGGGCACCUUCUACCGUUCGGCCAGUCUGUACCACCCGCAAAGGAGGGCCAUCCUUCAUCUGAAGACACAGCGCAAAAAAGUCAAAGUCAAAGGAAAACCGAGCAACGACCGGCCGCCCUAUUUCGACUUCUCCGUUCUGCGGCUCAAGAGCCUCCGCAUGAUCCUUUUGUCGUCGGGAAUCGGAGCCAUCGGCGCCUACACUCCACUGUUUUAUCUGGCGUUGCAAGGAGAAGAAGACGGUUUGGAGGCCAGCGAUUUGUUGCUGAUUCACACAUUCAUGGGAUUGGCCAUGGCGGCCGGCACAGUCAUCGUCGGUCUCAUAGUCCUCAGGCCCAGCCCCCAAUGCCUCAUUUCACUGCAGUAUCUAUGCCAGGCCACACUCUACGGAAUAGGCCUCUCGCAGCUGACUUUAGCUACGGUCAACGGUUACCAUGGCUACGUCCUCUUUGCUUGGCUGUACGGAUUUUGUUUAGGUGGUUACCAGUACGCCGUGCAUCAGUACACGCUCGACAGAGUUCGUGCCAGGCAAUUCGCCCGAGGAUGGAGUCUCGUUCUGGCCGUCCGCUCUCUACCAAGUCUCUUUGGUAUUCCCAUAGCAGGUUACAUCAAUCAAAGUACUCCGCGGGCGGGGUAUUACUUUUCCUUCACUUUCACCGUCAUCGGAGCGUCGCUGCUCUUCCUCUCCAAGAUGUAUCGACGGGCAGCGCCGCCCAAUUUGUUCCUGGGCAGGCGUUCCUCUCCGCCGUCUUUUCAUCAUCGGUCGUCGGAUGGUGGCGCCGGAAGCGGCGUAAGCGGCACUCUGAAAGAUGCGAGAGACAAGUGCAGUCAGGAGCCAUUGAUUUACCGUUCGGGGUCGAGUCAGACGAGCAACGGCAACGCCCAGCAAGUGCAGACGGCCCAUGCGGCGAUACGGACGGUGCACCAGGAUGUAUGUACCUGUCCGCACCCUCCGCCUCCUCCGCCACCUGCAAUGGGCGAUCAAGAUCCAAUGAAAUUGCCCAAGAAUUUCGGACGCCGCAUCGCUCUCAAACUGGGCCUUCACACGAUUCCGUGGAAGCGCAAUCCAAUUACGGAUUUCUUCUCCGCACCUGGGACGGACGCUAAUAUGCAGUCGGCUGCUGGGCAGCGUUUCCAUCGUCACGACUCUGCCGCCUGCCCGCUCAAGCAAUCCACUUCAAAUCCGGGCUAUCCGUUCGAUAUCGAAUGGGAUGCCGAGUAUUGGAACGGAUGUCUAGGCAGCUGCAAUCACUUGGCCAUGGAGGGCGAAUGCGACAUUUGCCACAGUUGCGCUGAUUGUGGCUUGCCUCUCGACGACGACGAUGAAGACUACAUCGACGACGACUGCCAACUUCAUUCGGCCACGCAACUACCCGACGCCAUUGAUAUACCAGAACUUCCUCCAGAGGUCAAGAGGUAUCGGAUGCUGAAGUGUUCGCUGCGGGAAAUGAGCCUCAGCGACCCGGAACUUCUUCAAAAGGCUGGUACUUGUGACGGCCGUGGUGGCCAUGACGACUAUGUUCACUAUCGCGAACAAGGCAUCCCUCGGCUGCCGCCUAAAUUGCUGCGACGUCAGAACACGUGGCACGACGUCAGCGUCCUCACGCGUGAUGUCGACGUGAUUGAACAAAUCACAACUUCAGUGUGAUUCGAAGAAGAACAGUAUUACGUACCAAAAUUCGUUUAAAUGGAUCCUGUAAACGUUUCCCUCCCUUUCCUAUGUCUGACUGUAAACUCCUGCCCAAAACGGUAUUUAUUUUUGAUUUUUUAAAGAAAUUAGUUUUUAGUUAACUGUACCAGUCGAUAAAUUAUGCGUCAUACUUUACACAGAAAGAGACAUUUGAAAAAAAAAAAAAUAAGGAACUAUAUAUGAACAAUUUACCAGUAAUAAUGAAAUUAGCGAAAAAGAUUUUGUUGUCCUUUCUAUUUUUUUGUUGUAAAUUUGUACAGCGCCAUGCAAGUACACGAGACGUUCCAGCGUAAA